UUAUAGAUCUACAGCAGAAGUCAGAAUUCUGCAGUGAGCUACAAGAAUUACUUUUUCAAAAAAUAAUUGGGCAUUGAGAAUCAGUACCAAAUAGAUUCAAAUAAUAAUCAGCCAUCGCAUUAGCAUUGAUAGCAGCCUCGUGAUUCUCCAAGAAGUAAAAAUUCUGCAGUGAGCUACAAGAAGUACUUUUUCAAAAUGGCAUAGUGUGGAUUAUUGCCAUUUUGAAUAUUUAUAGUUAUCUGCAAUUGAAAUAAAAAAUUUGCAUUGGACCUGUCUAUACUUUUCUGAAUUUGUUUACAGUUAGAGCACUUGAGCCUCAACUAGUGACUUCUGCUUUGAUUGCAUGGAAUCCAUCAUCUAUACGGCUGAACAUUGGAUAUCUAGGAUUCUGACCAAAUGAAAGAUCCUAAUCAGACGGAUUGUAGCCUUCUUCACAUGCUGCAAUCUUUCGUAUAUUCCCAUUGACUAAUUGACCUUUCUGUACUUCACGCCUUACUUUGACUUUGAAUUCUCAAGUCUUACUGGAAACGUGGCAGCAGCUGAUUGGCUGGAUCUUAAACUCUUCUACCAAAGCCGGCUGCUGCUCCUCAACUGCUUGCCUGCUUUUGGUCGUAUCUUGUUGGUCUGGUCUUCCACACGAAAUCCAGCCCAUCCCCACUUCCUUUCAACUUCAGACUUCAAUUCUUCCGAUAUGAAAAGAAUGAACAAAUUCCUCUUCUCUGGACCAAUCAUCAUCUUCUUAUCCUUUCUCUUCUACUUCUUCGCUAUCCCUGAGACCCGAAAGAAAUUGUAGAGCGGCUGCGUUGGAGAACCAGAAACGAGAAGCGAUGGCAUUUGACGCGAAUCGGAUGAACCCACAAUCUGCCGCAGAGAAGGCGGUUUCUGUCAUCGGUUAUGGUUAUGAUCUGUGUUGCGACCUACGCCUCUCCAGCUGCAAGCCUGGCCCCUCUGGUUCGCGUCUAAUCGAACUCGACCAAUCUCUAGCACGCGACCUUAUAUUGCCAGGUGGCAUCGUUGUGCCCAAUGUUCCCAAAUCAAUCAGAUGCGACAAGGGAGAGCGAACGCGGUUCCGGUCCGAUGUUCUUUCCUUUCAUCAGAUGUCAGAACAGUUAAACCAGGAACUCUCUUUAUCUGGUAAAAUACCCUCUGGCCUGUUCAAUGCAAUGUUUAAAUUCCAAGGCUGUUGGCACAAGGAUGCAGCUUCAACAAAGAAUCUUGCUUUUGAUGGAUGGUUCAUUACACUAUACAAUAUUGAGUUAGUAAGAUCUCAGAUAGUACUUUGCGAACAUGUGAAACAAGAAGUUCCUUCUUCAUGGGAUCCUACUGCUCUUGCUGGGUUUAUUGAAAAAUAUGGUACUCAUAUUAUUGUUGGAGUGAAGAUGGGAGGUAAGGAUGUAAUUCAUAUUAAGCAGCUACAGAACUCAAAUCUCCAGCCAAAUGAAGUGCAGAAGCUUUUAAAGCAGUUAGCUGAUGAGAGAUUUCAUGAAGAUGUCAAUGGAGGCUUGAUCCUCAAUGCUGAUGAACUAUCAAGAAAAUUGAAGGACACACAAUUUAUGCCUUGGGAAUGUCAUGCUGCUAUUGCAAACUCAAUGAGAUCCCCCAUUAUUUCUCACUCAAAGAAGGAUGAUAUAGUCAUUGUUCCUGUUCGAAAGGGAGGAAUAGAUGGGGGUCAAGGUCAUAACCAAUGGCUUUCAACUAUAUCACAGUCACCUAAUGUCAUAUCAAUGACAUUUGUGCCUAUAGUUUCUCUCUUAAGUGGAAUUCAAGGAAGUGGAUUCUUAUGCCAUGCAAUGAAUCUUUACCUCCGCUAUAAGCCACCAAUAGAAGAACUUCGUCAAUUUCUAGAAUUCCAGUUACCUAGGCAAUGGGCUCCUGUGUAUGGUGAUCUCCCACUUGGACCUCAACGCAGGAAACAUGGAUCUCCAUCAUUGCAAUUCACCUUCAUGGGCCCUAAGCUUUAUGUCAACACAGACCAGGUUGACUCUGGAAAUCGGCCAGUAACUGGAAUCCGAUUAUACUUGGAAGGUCGGAGGAGUGAGUACCUGGCAAUCCAUCUCCAACAUCUUGCAACACUUCCGGAGAUCCUCCAAAUUUCUGAUGAUUACAGCCAUAAGCCUGAUGAUGAGCCUGUUGAUCGAGCCUACUUUGAGCCUGUCAAAUGGAGCAUUUUUUCACAUGUCUGCACAGCACCAGUUCAGUACAAUGGGGCCUGUAUUGAUGAAUCUCCCUCCAUAGUAACCAAGGCCUGGUUUGAGGUGAGGGUAGUUGGGAUGAGAAAGGUUCUAUUCUUGAGACUUGGCUUCUCAAUGGUAGCAUCUGCAAGGAUCCGUAGGUCGGAGUGGGAUGGCCCCAGCAAUCAAUCUCGGAAAUCAGGCAUCAUCUCAGCGAUGAUCAGCACAAGAUUUAGUGCAACGCAGGUUCCAGCUGAGAAGCCAAACAAAGUGGAGAUAAAUUCAGCAUUGUACCCGAGGGGACCUCCUGUCCAAAAGAGGAUGCCAAAGCUGUCAAGCUUUGUGGACACGAAGGAAAUGGUAAGAGGCCCGGAGGACCUGCCUGGAUAUUGGGUGGUCACUGGAGCAAAGCUAUGUGUGGAAGGUGGGAAGAUCAGACUGAAAGUCAAGUACUCAUUGUUGACCAUAAUUUCCGAUGAUGAAGAUUAACUAACCUUUUUUUCUUUUUUGUAAUUUUGAAUGGGCUGAGGGGGGUUUAAAGGGCUUCAUAAAAUUUGUUGUAAAUCUGGCUAGAUGUAUAGAAAUUUAUUUGGCAAAUUCAAGGGGAUGCCAUUUGCCAGAGAAAUUACUCUGGAUCAUUGGUUGAUGUCAACUGCCAAGCAAACGACUUAGUUUCUGUUGUGUCUUUCAUACAUGUAGAAACACUGCACAUUGGUUAAUACAAUAUAAUCGUAUUGUUUCAACCA